AUGUAUGUACGGAGACUAAUUAAUUUGCCUGUCAAUAUCGGUCCGAUGAGAUUUACAAUAUAUCCUAAAGUAUAUUAUACACUGGAUCUUAUUUUCAUUUUAAGAAAACGACUUCGUGGCCAAGUUGGCUAA